AUGGGUUUGGGAAAUACAGGAGCCAUUGUGAUUCUUGUAGCCAUAUCCAUGUUUGGCAUUGGAAUGGCCAACAAGAAUUUCAGUGCAGAUUGGAAUGGAAACACGAGUGCAGAUUGGAAUGGAAACACGAAUUACACUACUGGUUGGCCUUAUGGACACUGGAAUCCAACUCAAACUUCGAAAAGAAUAAUUGUUGGCGGAUCUGAGAAUUGGCAUUUUGGGUUUAAUUACACUGAUUGGGCUAUCAGAAAUGGCCCCUUUUUCUUGAACGACAAGCUCGUAUUCAAGUUUGAUCCUCCAAAUGACACCACACAUCCUCACAGUGUAUCUCUGCUACCAAAUUUCUGGAGUUUUCAGAAUUGUGAUUUUAGAAGAGCAAAGAGGAUUGCGCAAGUGACACAAGGGCAAGGAGAAGGAUUUGAGUUUGUGAUUAAAAGAUGGCAGCCUUAUUAUUUUGCUUGUGGCGAACGCAACGGCUUUCAUUGCAACAAUGGGAUGAUGAAAUUCGCCGUUUGGCCAUUAAUCCGUUGGUAUUAA